UCACAAAUAUAACAAUAAUAACCACCCCUUCGAAGAUUUCCCAAAACUCCUUCAUCUUCUUCUCCACUGAAAGAAAAUCUGAAAUUAAAACCUCUGUAACAACAACAAUGGAGUUGAGUCAAUUAACCUCUCAACUCCACCAUAUCGACCUCCACUCCACUUUCCUAACCCCCACACCUCUCCGCAAACCCUAUUUCCGCCCUCAAUUUCGCCCAAUUUCAUCCCCAAUCACCAAUUGCUCCAACAAACCCUCAAACAAACACUCCACUCAUCAUCCAAUUAGAUUAUCCGCAGUUGCAGUAGAAACCGAAACCACCACCGUCACUAGCAUAGACGAAGAAGACGACGACAUAGAGUCUCUGUUUUCCAGCAACUCAUCAUCCGAACCGGAGCGAAGAAAUAAGCCAUCGGGAACCGGUGCCUCGAGUAUAUCCUCAGGAGUUAGGUUAGAAAACAUUAGUAAAAGCUACAAGGGAGUUACAGUAUUGAAAGAUGUUAGUUGGGAGGUGAAGAAGGGGGAGAAAGUAGGGUUAGUAGGUGUGAAUGGUGCUGGUAAGACUACACAGUUGAGGAUUAUAUCCGGUUUGGAGGAACCGGAUUCCGGGAAUGUGGUUAAGGCGAAACCGAAUAUGAGGAUUUCGUUUUUGAGUCAGGAGUUUGAGGUGUCGGGUGGGAGGACGGUUAGGGAGGAGUUUAUGUGUGCUUUUAAGGAGGAAAUGGAGGUUGCCAAGCGGUUGGAGAAGGUGCAGAAGGCGAUAGAAGGGUCGGUGGAUGAUUUGGAGUUGAUGGGGAGGCUCUUGGAUGAGUUUGAUUUGCUGCAGAGGCGGGCGCAGGCUGUCGAUUUGGAUAGUGUUGAUGUGAAGAUUAGUAAGUUGAUGCCGGAACUUGGGUUUUCGGUUGAGGAUGGGGAUAGGCUUGUUGCUUCGUUUAGUGGCGGGUGGCAGAUGAGGAUGUCACUUGGGAAAAUAUUGCUUCAGGAUCCAGAUUUGUUACUACUAGAUGAACCUACAAAUCAUCUUGAUCUAGACACGAUUGAGUGGCUUGAAGGUUAUCUUAGCAAGCAAGAUGUUCCAAUGGUGAUCAUAUCUCAUGACCGAGCUUUUCUUGACCAAUUAUGCACAAAAAUAGUGGAAACGGACAUGGGUGUUUCUAGAACAUUCAUUGGAAACUACUCGGACUACAUUAUUAGUAAGGCAUCAUGGAUUGAAGCUCAGUUUACAGCUUGGGAAAAGCAGCAGAAGGAAAUUGAACAUACAAGAGGCUUAAUCAGCAGGUUAAGUGCUGGUGCUAAUUCUGGACGCGCAUCUACCGCCGAAAAGAAGCUAGAAAAGCUUCAGGAGGAGGAACAAGUUGAUAAACCAUUUAUUAGGAAACAAAUGAAGAUUAGAUUCCCUGAGCGCGGAAGAAGCGGAAGAGAAGUUGUGACGAUAAAAAAUCUUGACUUUAGCUAUGAAGACAAGGUUCUGUUUAAAAAAGCUAACAUAAUAAUUGAAAGGGGUGAGAAAAUUGCAAUAAUUGGGCCAAAUGGUUGUGGAAAGAGUACCCUGCUCAAGUUGAUUAUGGGCAUACAGAAGCCAGAUAGUGGUGAAGUAAUUCUUGGCGAGCACAACGUGCUCCCAAACUACUUUGAGCAAAAUCAGGCAGAGGCUCUUGAUUUAGAAAAAACAGUGCUUGAUACUGUAGCGGAAGUUGCAGAAGAUUGGAGAAUCGAUGAUAUAAAGGGACUCCUUGGACGUUGCAAUUUUAAGGCCGAUAUGCUUGAGAGGAAAGUCUCUCUAUUGAGUGGUGGUGAAAAGGCGCGACUUGCAUUUUGUAAGUUCAUGGUUAAGCCUUCAACUUUACUGGUGUUGGACGAGCCAACUAAUCACUUGGAUAUACCUUCAAAAGAAAUGCUUGAGGAAGCAAUUUCGGAGUAUGAAGGAACUGUGAUCACUGUAUCUCAUGAUCGAUACUUCAUAAAACAAAUUGUGAACAGAGUUUUAGAAGUCAAAGAUGGAAAUUUGCAAGACUAUAACGGCGACUAUGAUUACUAUCUUGAGAAGAACCUCGACGCAAGAGAAAAGGCGCUUGAAAGAGAAGCUGAGCUAGAGGACAAGUCUUCUAAAGCAAAAGCCAAAUCCAAGAUGUCAAAGGCGGAACGAGAAGCUCGCAAGAAGCAAAAGAUGCAGGCAUUUCAGCAGGCAAAACAGAAAUCAAAGGGAUUGAAAAAUUCUAAAAGAUGGAACUGAAGAAGCCAGCCAAGCCAAACUGUUGUUGAUUUGUACAUAUUAUAUGCUCUAUAUUUAUACUACAGGAACAAAUUAUCCAUCUUACAAGCCCAUGGUGUUUUGUUAGUGGGUGAAACAGGAAUGUUAUCUUCUUAAUCAUCUUAUAAUAAUUUUCAUUUAUUCA